GCAGCCAACGAUACGUGAAAUUUUACUGAAUCGAUGUACUUAGUCGAAGUGUCGAUUGAACGUGAAUGAGAACACGAUGAUGUCCAGCAGAAGAAUUUCCGGACUUUAUCAUCAAUUUGCAUUAUCGCGAUUGAGAAACGUGAAUCAACGAUGGCACUCGAUGAUUAGCAAUAACCUCGCUAAAAAUAUUUACGGAGCGAAAAGUCUUGUUAGCCAACCUUACCGGUCAACGUCGAUCGCGGAAAGAGACAUUCGGAAUAUUUCAAUAGAUACUCGGCUUCUUGCGCAAACUGAAGUCAUGAAAGGCGAAGGAGAUCAUGGUCUAAACUUGAACUACGAGGAUAUUUUGAAAGCACAAAAAGAUGACAAAGUUCUCAUCGUUGACGUUAGAGAAGAUGAAGAAAUCAAAGAGACUGGAAAACUACCUGGCAGCAUUCACGUACCGAUGGGGGAGGUCGUAAACGUAUUAAAAAAUUUGCCGGAAAAGGAGUUUUUAGACAAAUACCAAAAGCCAAAACCCACCAAAGAUACCAAACUCAUAUUUAGCUGUCGCUCAGGGAAACGAAGCGCCACCGUUCAGGAAGCGAUGCUCAAACAAGGAUAUGAAAAGUCCUACAACUACACUGGCGGAUGGCUUGACUGGGAAAGUAAACAAGCACCAACGGCUUAAAAUCACGAGUGGUAACGCGGGGCGAUGACACUCUAAGCAGAAUUCUUGGAUUUUUAGACAAAUAUUUUGUACGUUAAUUUCGAAUUAAAAGUAGAAAAAAAUGUUGGAAUUAUUGUGUAUUAAACAUA